CUAUCUCAUUUCUCAUCCUUUCCCCACCCAAACUGUCCACAAUGCCUAAACCAAAACCACAUCGUCCAUUGUGUGGGGUGUUGUUGGUCACUAUUGCUCUAUUUCUAAGCCCGAAAGCCUGUGACGGUAGAACCAGAACCCAUGAUUGCGGCCUUACUAUGUGCGGAAACGUUAGCAUCCGCUAUCCUUUUCGAUUAAAAACCCAACCCCUCCACUGCGGCGCUCACGUCAUCUUCCAACUGGACUGUGAUGAAAAACAUAACCGUACGAUUUUGGGCAAUGAAAACGGGAAAUUCUAUGUUCAAGAAAUCCUUUACAACAACUUUACGAUCCUACUUGUUGAUUCGAAUUUGGCAAGCAAUAGUUGCUCGCUUCCUCGAAGCUCUGCCCCUGUGCUUUAUGAUAGAGGAUGCUUCGUAUCGUAUUCUAGACCCUAUGUUGAUCAACAUACUGGUUUUCAAAUUAUGCAUCUUGUAAAUUGCACACGGUCAAUCAAAUCUUCAAAAUAUGUCGACGCAUCUCCUUGUUCCGAUAGCUCUUCCGGCCAUGAUCCACCUUCUUCAUAUCAUUACUUUUUAAAUGAACUAACCGAGCCUCUCGAUUUCAGUCCAUAUUGCACAGUCAUAGCCCGGGUCCCAGUUAUGGCUCCCUAUACCACCGACAUUGCUACUUUGGAUAUCUAUGAAAAGCUAUCUUUGGGAUUUCACUUGUCAUGGAAAAACUACAUCAAAGGCAGCGGCUGUUACGAAAAAUAUACAUUCCAAACGAUGUUGGAAACAUUGCGGGAUGGCUUCCUAGACUUUGUCAACAGCUUUGUGUAUUACCUUUUCCAUCACAGCCCUGUAACCUUUGGACAUAAUUUUUAUUCGGUUGAACAUGAAGGCAAGUAUGCCAUUUGUCUUGGGAUAAUAGGAGGAAGAACAUUUCUGGGGAUAUCUAUAUUGAUUGCUCUUGUUACGUAUAAAUGGAGAAGGAGGCAUUUAUGUGCGGAUAAUAAAAUUGAAGAGUUUCUCCGUAAUCAAAAUAAUUUAAUGCCUAUUAGAUAUUCUUACUAUGAAAUAAAAAGAAUGACAAGAGGCUUUAGUGAUAAGUUAGGUGCUGGGGGUUUUGGCUCAGUAUUUAAAGGAAAGCUUCGAAGCGGUCAUGAUGUAGCAGUAAAAUUAUUGGACAAGUCUAAAGCUAAUGGGCAAGAUUUCAUAGCUGAAGUCGCUACAAUUGGGAGGAUUCAUCAUGUUAAUGUGGCAAGUCUUAGAGGAUUCUGUGUGGAGGGAUCAAAACAAGCUCUUGUAUAUGAUUUUAUGCCGAAUGGAUCUUUAGAUAAGAUUAUAUUUGAAAAAGAAAAUAAGACUAGUUUAAGUUGGGACAAAAUGUUUGAUAUUGUGAUUGGGGUGGCUCGAGGAAUUGCAUACUUGCAUCAAGGAUGUGAUAUGCAAAUUUUACAUUUCGAUAUCAAACCACAUAAUGUUCUUCUAGAAGAGAAUUUUGUCCCAAAAGUUUCGGAUUUCGGUCUUGCUAAACUAUAUUCCGUAGAUGAUAGUAUUGUCUCUCUCACUGCAGCACGAGGUACAAUAGGAUACAUUGCUCCUGAAUUGAUUUACAAAAACCUUGGAGGCAUAUCGUAUAAAGCUGAUGUUUAUAGUUUUGGAAUGCUAUUAAUAGAAAUAGUGGGAAAAAGGAAGAAUUUGAAUGUAUACGCUGAACAUUCAAGUCAAAUAUACUUUCCAUCAUGGAUCUAUGAUCAACUUCAUCAAGGAGAGGACAUUGACUUGGAAGAGGUUACGAAUGAUGAAAAAUUGAUUGUGAGAAAAAUGGCAAUAAUUGCUUUCUGGUGUAUACAAAUGAAGCCUUGUGAUCGUCCUUCAAUGAACAAAGUCUUGGAAAUGCUUGAAACUGAUGUUGAACUCCUUCAAAUGCCUCCAAAACCUUUUCAGCAGCUUCCUUUUGAAAUACCAAUUGAGGAUCAUGUUGAUGACAAUCCAAAUGAUGAGGAUCCAACUACAUCACUUCUUUCUACAAGUGAAAUUAGCUUAGAAGUAGCGUAAGUUGUGAAACUUUUGUUUCAAAAUUUCCAAACUUUGUUUUGUAUUUUGAGACUUGUUUCAUUUACUUUCCAUACCAUAGGCUUUACUGUA